UACACAACUCUCUCUCUCUCUCUCUCUCCAAAACUCUCUCUUUCUCUUCCAACCAUAUUAUAAGCACGAAAACCAGCCAACCCUAUUAACAGCCUCCCCGUAGUCCCGUUGGUCCGUAGGUCCAUUUCUGGCAAAUCAGAAUCUGACUCACCCCACCUCUCUCUCUCUCUCUCUCUCUCUCCUAUAUAUAUAUAUAUAUACACCCCCUAAAUCUCGAUCCUCCUACACAAACAAUCCAAACACUCCAAAAAGUCUCAAACCAUGGUGGUUCCAAACCCAUCUUCAUCCGCCAUUUUACCCUCCUAUUCCUACUCAUCGCUUCCCGAUGCGGCCGAUUCCGACGCCGGAGCUCCGGCGAAUCGCCGCCGUGUCCUCCUGCUAUCUGGGUUGGUGACAAUCGUGACCCUGGUGGCUUCUGUAACUUACAUUGGUUUCGUUUCGAGGUGGGACUCGGAGCUGCCGGAGGCCAUCAAGCACCAGCGUCCUCCGCCGCUUACGCUGCCGCGUGGGGUGGCGGAAGGCGUCUCCACCAAGUCCCAUGGCCUCCGUCUGGGGGUCGCAUCUUUUCCUUGGACCAAUCGCAUGCUGACGUGGCAGAGAACAUCCUUCCAUUUUCAACCUAAAAUUAAUUGGAUGAACGAUCCCAACGGUCCACUAUACUACAAAGGGUGGUACCACUUCUUCUACCAAUACAACCCAGAAGGUGCAGUAUGGGGUAACAUCGUGUGGGGUCAUUCGGUAUCAACAGACCUGAUCCACUGGCGCCACCUCCCCAUCGCGAUGACCUACGAUCAAUGGUACGAUAGCAACGGUGUCUGGACUGGGUCCGCUACCCUCCUCCCCAACGGUGAUCUUGUCAUGCUCUACACCGGAUCAACCAAUCAGACCGUGCAGGUCCAAAAUCUAGCAUACCCUGCCGACCCAUCCGAUCCCCUCCUCAUUGAUUGGGUCAAAUACCCCAAAAACCCGGUUCUAGUACCCCCACCCGGAAUUGAUAUCCACGACUUCCGUGACCCGACAACCGCCUGGCUCACAUCUGAGGGCAAGUGGCGGAUCACAAUCGGGUCAAAAAUCAACAAAACGGGCAUUUCAUUGGUUUAUGAGACCAUGGACUUUAAAAACUUCGAGCUCUUGGAAGGGGUGCUCCAUGCGGUUCCGGGUACGGGUAUGUGGGAGUGCGUGGACUUCUACCCGGUAUCCACGAGUGGGGAAAACGGGUUGGACACGUCAAUGAAGGGUUCUGGAGUGAAACAUGUGGUGAAAGCUAGCUUUGAUGAUGAUAGGAAUGAUUACUAUUCUCUGGGGACGUAUGAUGAGGAAACAGCUGUUUGGCAUCCGGAUGAUCCGAAAUUGGAUGUGGGUCUCGGGUUGAGAUAUGAUUAUGGAAAAUUCUAUGCAUCGAAGACAUUUUUUGAUGUGGAGAAGAAGAGAAGGGUGUUGUGGGGUUGGAUUCCGGAGACAGAUAGCGAAUUGGCCGACAUUCAGAAGGGUUGGGCUUCUCUUCAGGCAGUUCCAAGGACAGUAGUGUUUGACAGGAAAACUGGAAGCAAUGUACUUCAAUGGCCAGUGGUGGAGGUUGAGAAAUUACGAACGAAAAGCUGGCAAUUUAGCAAUGUGGUUGUCCAACCAGGCUCAGUCUUGCCCCUUGAUGUCGGCAAAAAAACCUCUCAGUUAGACAUCAUGGCCGAGUUUGAGCUCGAUCAGGAGGCCUUGAACAGGGUGAAUGAAACUGAUGAGAUGUUCAGUUGCAGCACUGCCGGUGGAGCAGCAAACCGGGGUGCUCUUGGACCGUUUGGUUUGUUGGUUCUUGCAGAUGAGAGCCUUUCUGAGCAGACUCCCGUUUACUUCUAUGUUGCCAAGGGAGCUGAGGGCAAGUUGAAGACUUUCUUCUGUGCUGAUGAAUCAAGGUCUUCAAAGGCAACAGAUGUGAUGAAACCAAUUUAUGGAAGCACAGUUCCAGUGCUCAAAGGAGAAAAGUUCAGCAUGAGAAUAUUGGUGGAUCAUUCGAUAGUAGAAAGCUUCGCUCAACGCGGGAGGACAUGCAUAACUUCGCGGAUAUAUCCAACGAAGGCCAUCUAUGAAGAUGCAAAAAUUUUCUUGUUCAACAAUGCUACCGAGGCCAACAUCAUAGCCUCCCUAAAGAUUUGGCAAAUGGACUCUGCAUAUAUUCAUUCCUAUCCCACUGAACUCAUAAUAGGAACAUUGGUUGUCUCCUUCGUGCUCGUUGUAAUUAUUGUGUGGUUCCAUUCACGUUUCACAUUAAAGCCACUAUCUUCUCUCUUCCGCAACUCAAAUAGCUAGACAAGCUAUUGGACGGAGUACACGUGGAGAAAGUUAAAUGGGUGUGACAAAGCAUAAGGCAGCAAGAAGGAGAUGUAAACAUCGUCGUGGAGUCUAGCUGGCAGAUGGAUAAGGAUGCACGUGUCGUUGUCUUUUGAUUUGGAAACGCAUGGAUUCCUCGGCCAAACAACGAUUCUUUCAUGGGAUAGUGAUUUGGAAAUCUUUAUCACACUCAUUCUCUCUCCUAAAGUUUUUGUAUCAUUUAUUUAUUAUUAUUUUUUUUUUUAUAGAAUUCUAUCUCCCAACGUCGGGGGGCCUUCUGAGUUGGGUAUUGCACUUGGCAUCCCUAUUUUCUUGGGAAGAAGAGUUACUGGAGCUGAAGUUGUUUUGAAAAAAUAGGACGAGUGGCUCACAUUCAUAUUCUUUUAUUUCUAAAUUCAUGUGCUUAGCUUU